AUGUUAAAGUUUAUAGUUUUUAUUUACACUUGCUGUGAUGUGUUGUCGUCGAUAUCGGCUAACCAAAAAGAUUGGAAUUCCCAGAAUCCGACUGUUUUCAACAUCGGAGGUGUGCUCAGUAGCAACGAAAGCGAGAAAUAUUUCCAAGAGACUAUUGCUCACUUAAAUUUCGAUUCGCAAUAUGUACCGAAAGGCGUUACUUAUUACCACACCGCUAUAUUAAUGGACCCAAAUCCAAUUCGUACCGCUUUAAAUGUCUGCAAAUAUUUAAUAUCUAGGAAGGUAUACGCAGUGGUGGUUUCACAUCCUAUUACAGGAGAUUUAUCACCAGCUGCUGUAUCAUACACCAGCGGGUUCUACCACAUUCCGGUUAUUGGAAUAUCCUCCAGAGAUUCCGCCUUCUCAGACAAAAACAUCCACGUUUCGUUUCUCAGAACCGUUCCCCCGUACUCCCACCAAGCGGAUGUCUGGGUGGAAAUGCUAAAGCACUUCAAAUACAAGAAAGUCAUUUUCAUCCACAGCUCUGACACCGACGGCAGGGCCCUCUUGGGCAGAUUCCAGACUACUUCUCAAAGUUUAGAAGACGACGUGGACAUCAAAGUGCAGGUCGAAUCGGUCAUUGAAUUUGAAUUGGGUCUGGAGAGCUUCAAAGAUCAAUUGUUGGAGUUGAAAAACGCCCAGUCUCGUGUUUACUUACUUUAUGCCAGUAAACAAGACGCAAAAGUAAUAUUCAGAGACGCAGCCGUCUUCAACAUGACAGACGCCGGCUUCGCCUGGAUAGUCACAGAACAAGCUUUAGAAGCUGACAACGUCCCUGAGGGGAUUUUAGGCCUGAAGCUUGUUAAUGCUACGAACGAGAAAGCUCAUAUUAGAGAUAGCAUAUACGUUUUAGCUUCGGCUUUGAGGGACAUGAACCAGACGAAAGAAAUUACCGAGGCUCCGGAAGACUGUGAUAAUUCAGGUUCUAUUUGGGAAACUGGUCGGGAUUUGUUCAAUUUCAUUCGCAAGCAAGUGCUGUUGAACGGGGAAACGGGGAAAGUAGCUUUCGAUGACCAAGGCGACAGAAUUAACUCUGAAUAUAAUAUUGUUAAUAUACAGAGGAAGAAGAAGAAAGUUGUAGUGGGGAAAUACUUCUUCAACAAGGAAUUGGAUAGGAUGAAUUUGAAAGUGGAGGAAAACAGCAUUUUAUGGCCGGGGAAGCAAAAGGAGAAGCCGGAAGGUAUCGAAAUUCCAACGCACUUGAAAGUAUUGACCAUUGAAGAGAAGCCUUUCGUGUACGUUAGAAAAUUAAUCGACGGCCAAGACACUUGUACCCCGGAUGAAAUCGAGUGCCCACAUUACAAUGUAUCGGACGAGACCUCUGCUAGCUUUUACUGCUGCAAGGGAUAUUGCAUGGACUUGCUGAAAGAACUGUCGAAGAAAAUAAACUUCACCUACAGCCUGGCGCUGUCCCCAGACGGUCAGUUCGGAAACUACCUAAUAAGAAAUAGUUCUGUGGCAGGGAAGAAGGAAUGGACGGGACUGAUAGGGGAGCUGGUGGGGGAUAGAGCCGAGAUGAUAGUGGCCCCGUUGACUAUAAAUCCAGAAAGAGCAGAAUUCAUCGAAUUCAGUAAGCCGUUUAAGUAUCAGGGGAUAACAAUUUUAGAGAAAAAGCCUUCAAGAUCUUCAACUCUCGUGUCCUUCUUGCAACCGUUCAGCAAUACCUUGUGGAUUCUGGUUAUGGUCUCGGUGCACGUAGUAGCUCUGGUUUUGUAUUUAUUAGACAGGUUCUCUCCAUUCGGUAGGUUCAAAUUGGCUAACACCGACGGUACGGAAGAAGACGCUUUAAACCUAUCCAGCGCAAUUUGGUUCGCUUGGGGAGUUCUGCUCAAUAGUGGAAUAGGUGAAGGAACACCAAGAAGUUUCUCUGCUAGGGUCCUCGGUAUGGUAUGGGCGGGAUUCGCGAUGAUCAUCGUAGCUUCCUACACUGCCAAUCUCGCUGCUUUCCUCGUGUUGGAGCGACCAAAAACCAAGCUGACUGGAAUAAACGACGCAAGACUGCGGAACACUAUGGAGAACCUAACGUGCGCCACUGUGAAAGGCUCCGCGGUGGACAUGUACUUCAGGAGACAAGUGGAGCUGUCCAACAUGUACAGAACAAUGGAAGCGAACAAUUACGACACCGCUGAAGCAGCUAUUAAGGACGUCAAAGAAGGAAAAUUAAUGGCUUUCAUAUGGGACAGUUCCCGGCUGGAGUUCGAAGCAGCGCAGGACUGCGAAUUGGUGACGGCCGGGGAACUGUUCGGCCGCUCCGGGUACGGUAUAGGUUUGCAAAAAGGAUCCCCUUGGUCAGACGACGUCACAUUGGCCAUUCUGGACUUCCACGAAAGUGGCUUCAUGGAGAGCCUGGACAACAAGUGGAUACUCCAAGGGAACUAUCAGCAGUGCGAGCAGUUUGAAAAAACGCCGAAUACGCUGGGAUUGAAGAACAUGGCAGGGGUGUUUAUACUGGUAGGAGCCGGAAUCGUCGGUGGGAUCGGGUUGAUUGUCAUAGAAAUGGCGUAUAAAAAGCACCAAAUCAAAAAGCAGAAACGCAUGGAGCUGGCUAGGCACGCUGCUGAUAAAUGGAGAGGAGCGGUCGAGGACGCUAAAGAAGACAAACGCAAGAGCAUGAGGGCCUCCGCGAACCCCCAAAGACGGAUAAAAUCGAACGGGGUGAACGAGGCCGUGACGAUAUCGGGGGUGUUCGACAAGUUCCAGAGGAUCGGGCAGUUCGGGCACGAGAGGACCUGGCCCGGCGACGCCGACAUAAGGCAAAGGAGGACGGACGACGUCGGGGGCGGCGGGGUGCAGCCGGUGCCGCGCUACUUGCCCUCGUACACGCAAGACGUGUCGCAUUUGAUAGUUUAA